CUUAGGACUAGCAAAAAUGGUUUUCAAAGUAGCCGUCAUCUGCGCUUUCGCCUUCUUAAUACAGAGUAUCGCCGGACAGAACUACGGAUGCAGCUGCCAAUCGAUCAGCAUCCCCAGCAGCGGCGGCGCCCUGAACAUUCAGGCUAUCGGCCCCAUUACUCCGGCCGGCAUCGCCGUGGCCACGGAGCUGGGCCUGUCCGGCGACCUGGACCUGUCCGGCGCGCUGCCGUACCUGAGCGCGGUGGCGUUCGAGGGCCAGUUCGACACCAGCGGCUCGGCGCCGGUGUGCUACGGCUGCGGGGACAGCGUCGCCAUCACGCAGCAGAUCGGCGGCUCCAGCGGAUGCGGAUGCGGCAGACGCCUGUGGAGCUGCGACGGUUGCGUGGGUGGGGCCGGUGUCCGCGAGAGCAGGUGCUGGCGCGGGAACCGGGGGUGCUGGUACAGAGGUUCCCAGCUUGGGGGCCUCUGUGUGUCCGGCGUCGUUGUUGUGGUGGUGGGGGCCCUUAGAAGGGCCUUUGUGGGGCUGCGGGGCGACUCCGGGGCUGGCACGGAGUUGCUGGUCCUUGGGCGGCGGGAUGUUGUUGUCGUCAUCAUCAUCAUCAUCCUCUUCGCAGUCAGACGGGCUGCGCUCCGGUCCCUCCUCAACUGCCGAAGGUCGAAGAGUGGUCGGGCGCUCGUCCAGGUGGCGCUGUGGUUUGGUUUCUUCCAGGGACGGCUCCACUAUCCCAGGGGCGAGCGCCGGGGGAUAUACCUCCAUGUGCGGAGGUAUAUGACCGACUCUCUCCCGGCCGGCGACCCUGGAUCGGUCACGAUCGAGGUGCCCGCGAGGGGAAAGUCGGUCUGGGGCUACCCGCGGGAGGGGGGUCGGUGCGUGGGGGCGUCCAAGGGCUUCGAUGAGUCCGUCGAAGUCGAAGUGCCACGGCUUUGUGGGGCCGCGGGCGGGUUCGGGAAUCCUGGUGUCGACGGGUACUUUUCCAUCUCCGCCCAAAAGUGCGGAUGCUCCUGCGGAGAAUAUGACGGUUUCUCCAAGACCGCCACCUACUCCACCGGCGGGCCCGUAACCGUCACCUGCUCCGGACCUCUCUCCAGCAACGGACUGUCUCUCCUCUCCGAACUGUCCAUGGAAGGUUCUCUGGACGUGACUGGCUCCAUGCCUUUCCUGAGCGCUGUCGCUUUAGAAGGCAACCUGGGAACCUCUGGCUGCGGAACUGUUGCCUACGGAUGUGGAGACGGCAACAUUGUGAUUGUUCAGGAGAAUGGAAACCCGAGCGGAAGCAAUGCGGCCUCGAAGAAUGGCUUGACUCUGGCUAACCUUGCCCAGUGUGGAUGCAGAUACCGCUGAAUUUAAAUAGUUUUUUUUUUAAUAAAGAUUUCUU